AUGGAGGAACUCAUCAGCCAGAUUACGUCCUUUGCCGACACUGUCGAUGACAAUGAGCGAAAGUCCCUUAUCGCCACCUUACGCGCUACCUCAAUCUCGUUAGAAAAGCCUGAUGACACAAUAGAAAGGGUUGCAGUUGCGCCACUCGAGCUAUGUGGAGCAAAAAUGGGGUUGGACUUGAACGUUUUCAAACUCCUUUCAUCAAGCAAUUUACCGCAGAGCUUGGACAAUCUCACCGAGGCUACGGGGGCGGAUCGCCGUUUGCUAGCACGUGUGCUGCGAUACAUUGCAAGCAUCAAAAUGAUUGAUCAGCCUAGCUCUGAAACAUUCACUGCUAAUAAUGUUACUCGCGCGUUGUGCUCUCCAAAAGGCGAGAACUUUGUGGAGGCGUACUACCAAGUGCUCACUCCAAUCUUUUAUGAGCUACCUAAAUACCUCAGCAAAAACUCCUAUGCGGAUCCAGCGGGUUGUCCUAAGCUCCCCUUUCACGAGGUGCAUAACUGGCAGGGUGAUCCAUUCACCUACAGCGAUGCCUUUCCAGAGAAGGGAGCACUCUUUGACAAGCAUAUGGAGUUCUGCGGGAACAAUUUGACCAACUGGGCUAAUCUUUUCUCUCUGAUGGACAAAAAUACUUCCCCAGAUAAUGUCCUAUUUGUGGAUGUGGCAGGAGGGCUUGGUCACCAAGGUGCUCGACUGCGAGCUAAUUAUCCUGAUCUACAAGGUCGGAUGAUAGUUCAAGACAGGCAACGAGUCAUUGACGCGCCGACAACCGCUGAAGGGGUAGAGAGAAUGGUUCAUGACAUCUUUCAACCUCAGCCUAUCAAAGGUGCGAGGUGCUACUACAUCCGAGGAGUUCUUCAUGACUGGCCGGAUGACAAGUGUCAAGAGAUCUUGCAGCAUAUCGCGGCUGCCAUGGAUUCUAGUUCCACCCUUGUGAUUGAUGAGUUUGUCUUGCCGGAAACAAACGUUCACCCCUACGCAUCUAGCAUGGAUAUGCUUAUGUUAGCCUCUCUCGGUGCUGAGGAGAGGACUGGGAGCCGCUGGGAAGAGUUGGUGAAAUCGAUUGGGUUAAAGAUUGUGGACAUCAAACCCCACAGAGUUGGUGAAUAUGCCAGCCUUAUUGUAGCAGUGAAAGCGGCAUGA